CGACGAAACAAACUGUUGUGCUCCAAGUCACAUGGUCUGCUGUUGAUCCUUUCCACACUUUCUUCUCGUUUUACUAGACAGACCAAAAAGACUACUGAUAUCAUGGCUUUGCAAUUCUCAGUCCGUAAAGGAAUCGUGGCUUCCUCCCGGAUUCCCGUUAUCGGAACCUCCUCGCCGUUUCUGACCAACAAGCGAUGGCAAUCUUCGAAAGAUGCCGGCGAUGUGAUUGGCAUUGAUCUGGGUACGACCAACUCGUGUGUUUCUAUCAUGGAAGGCCGAAGCGCACGUGUGAUUGAAAAUUCCGAAGGUACCCGUACGACACCUUCUGUGGUAGCCUUUACAAACAGCGGCGAACGCCUUGUAGGUAUGGCAGCUCGUCGUCAGGCCGUUACCAAUCCCGAAAACACGCUCUACGCAAUUAAGCGUCUCAUUGGACGUCGGUAUGGAGACAAAGAAGUCGAGGCUAUUUCCAAACUCGUACCGUACAAAAUUAUCAAGUCGGACAAUAACGACGAUGCGUGGGUCGAAGCGCAAGGAACCAAGUACAGUCCGUCCCAGAUCGGAUCCAUGGUACUCGGAAAGAUGAAGGAAACUGCCGAAGGCUUUUUGGGACGAACCGUCUCCAAGGCCGUCAUUACCGUUCCAGCCUAUUUCAACGACAGUCAACGACAGGCAACCAAGGAUGCUGGGAAAAUUGCAGGUCUUGAAGUCUUGCGUAUCAUCAACGAGCCGACGGCAGCGUCGCUGGCCUACGGAAUGGACAAGGCCGACGGCAAGACAAUUGCUGUUUUCGAUCUCGGUGGUGGUACCUUCGAUGUUUCCGUACUCGAGAUUCAGGGUGGAGUAUUUGAAGUAAAGGCGACCAAUGGAGACACCAUGCUAGGUGGUGAAGAUUUUGACGAAGAACUGCUGGAAUAUUUGUUGGCGCAAUUCAAAAAGGACUCGGGUAUUGAUUUGGGCGGGGAUAAGCUUGCGAUGCAGCGAUUGCGAGAGGCGGCCGAAAAAGCCAAGCGUGAACUCGACGGCCUCGCGCAAACCGAUGUUUCCCUACCCUUCAUCACAGCUGAUGCAAGUGGACCCAAGCAUAUGAAUGUAAAGAUUUCACGUUCCCAGUUUGAAAAUAUGGUGCAGAAGUUGGUGGACCGAACCAUCGGCCCUUGUAAGAGCUGCAUGAAGGAUGCCGAUAUCAAAAAGUCCGAAAUUCAUGAAGUCAUUCUUGUUGGAGGUAUGACGCGAAUGCCCAAAGUCCAGUCCACCGUAGAAGAGUUCUUUGGCAAGAAGCCUUCUCGGGGAGUCAAUCCCGACGAAGUAGUUGCCAUGGGUGCUGCCAUUCAGGGAGGAGUCCUUAAGGGCGAUGUCAAGGAUAUUUUGCUUCUUGAUGUAACUCCGUUGUCGCUUGGUAUUGAAACGCUCGGAGGUGUCAUGACCAAGCUCAUUCCACGAAAUACCACCAUCCCGACCAAGAAGCAACAAACCUUUUCGACAGCCGCCGACAACCAACCACAAGUCCAGAUCAAGGUCUUGCAGGGUGAACGUGAAAUGGCCGCCGACAAUAAGAUGCUCGGUAACUUCGAUAUGGUGGGUAUUCCCCCAGCUCCUCGCGGAGUGCCGCAGAUCGAGGUUUCCUUCGACAUUGAUGCGGAUGGUAUCUUGAACGUUAGUGCCAAGGAUAAGGGAACCGGCAAGGAACAGAACAUUGUCAUUCAGUCCUCGGGUGGUCUGUCUGAGGAUGACAUUGAAAAGAUGGUGCGCGACGCCGAGGCUAACGCCGAAUCUGAUUCUCGCCGUCGUCAGACGAUCGAGGCGAAGAAUGAAAUUGAUUCGUUGAUUUACUCGACUGAGAAAUCGCUCACAGACAAUGCCGACAAGCUGGAUGAAGCGACAAAGUCGGAAAUUGAAAAGGCAAUUGCUGAAGCCAAGGAAGUUAAGGACGGUGACGAUUUGGAAGCUUUGACCGCCAAGAAGGAUGCUCUCUCACAGGCGAGUCUCAAGAUUGGCCAGGCCAUAUACGGACAAGGGAGCAGCAAUACCGACGAAGAAGAGAAAAAGGACGAUACAGUUGAUGCCGAUUUCCAGGAAAAGGGAAGCGAUGAAAAGAAGGAUGAUGACAAGGAAAAGAAGUAAAUAAUCCCCCGGAUUUGCUGUGCAAAGCCCAUACUCCUUAGAGAAGAAUCUGUUUAGCC